AGUAAAGGCAGGUGCUGAGGCCUCUACAGGAAGACUUUUUUUCCCCUGAUUAUCUCUCAGAGAGGAAAAAAAUCUGACAAGGGGGAUCUUCUCAUUAGAACAAGAGAAGGACCAUGGGAGAUAUGAAGACACCAGACUUUGAUGACCUGCUGGCGGCCUUCGACAUCCCUGACAUGGUGGAUCCUAAAGCCGCUAUUGAAUCCGGCCCAAAUGAUGAACAUGAAGGACAGCUCAAGCAACCUAGUGUUGGGGUGACUACCAAUGAAGACGAAUCCCACAAACUGUCACCAGGACAUGACGUUGGUAUUAGUGUCAUUGUCAAGAACGUCCGAAACACUGACACUAGUGAGCAUGGUGGAACGAUAUCAGAGAAGGAUGAAGAUGUCCAUCCCCAACCCCAUUCUGUUGGCAUUGGCAAUGGACUUCAUAAUGGCUUCUUGCCCGAUAUACAAUCAGGUACUCAUUACACCAAGAAUGGAUGGAAAGCUCCUAGGGAGGAAGGACAGCCAGGUAACAACCAAUCACCUACCUUCAAUCAGUUCAGCCCAAUAUCCAGUGCUGAAGAGUUCGAUGGCGAUGAUAAAAUUGAGGUAGAUGACCCCAUAGUCAAGCAGGUAGGCGAGUCAUUUUUUAGAUCCACGACUAAGACAGAGGACCAGAAUCCCAAAUCUCCUGUAUCAGUGGACAAUGUUCCCAGAGCAAACAGAGACCACAAGCCUGAUCAAAACAAGAACACCAAUGGCACUCUGGGAGGUUUCAAGUCUAACAAGCCCCUGCAAUCAAGUUUACCCGAGGGGGAACUAAAGGAAACUGUAUCAAGUCAGGAGUGCAAGGAAGAUGGAGAGCUAAUGAGCCAUGUUGAUGCGUCCAGUAUGUCCCAAGUCAAAGCCAAGUCCUCUGCAAAUCUUUCAUCUUGUAUAGCAGCCAUAGUAGCCCUCAGUGCCACAAAGACUAGUACUACAGACUUCGGUGUUUUGGAUUCUCCAAAAACAAAGAAAGAAUCCACCCUGUACAAUAGAAAUCCCAGCGCUCCAGAGACGACACAUGAGCAGGAGUCAGCCCUAGAGUUUGCUAAGAGGCUGCUAACAAGACAACCUGACAGCCCUUCUAGUGUCAUCAGUGAAGGUAGCAGUAAAAGUUCCCCUGUCUCAGGCACAGACACAACCCCGGUCAUCCCAAGAGUCAGGAUCAAAACAAUCAAGACAUCAUCCGGCCAGAUCAAGCGUACUGUCACCAGAGUUGUACCAGAGUUCAGUGCAAUUUUCUCAUCUCCUAGAAGGCCCUCUCUAUCAACCACAGUAUUAGCCACCACUGGAGGCCCUUCUAUUGAAAUAACCAAGCAAAUUACUAUUAAACCUGUGGCGACAGCUUUCCUGCCUGUCUCAGCAGUCAAGACAGCUGGUUCCCAAGUCAUCAACCUGAAGCUAGCUAACAAUACCACAGUGAAAGCAACAGUCAUCCCCGCUGCGUCCGUGCAAAGUGCCAGUAGUGCUAUCUUGAAAGCUGCUAAGGCCAUCCAGCAAAAAACUGUCAUGGUUCAUGCCUCCAGUCUGGCUAAAGCUAAACUUGUGCCAAAGACAGUCCAUCUUAGUAAACUCAAUCUUCUGCCUCAGACUCUAUCCUCUGCUCUCAAACAGGCCAUAUCCUCCUCCAAACUACCACAGCAAGUCAAACGUCAGACAAUUCUAGCUGGCCGGGCCUCAAAGAAAGUCUCUACUAUUCAAGUGUUCACCAGCUCUCAAACUUCUGUAGUGGAUGCAUUCAAUAAAGUCCUGAGUAGCAUAAAUCCUGUCCCUGUGUACGUCCCAAACCUCUCUCCGCCAACCUCAGCUUGUAUCUCUCUACCCUCACGUGGCUACAAGUGCCUAGAGUGUGGAGAUUCAUUUGCUCUUGAGAAGAGCCUGACACAUCAUCGCGAACGUCGCAGUGUGCGGAUUGAGGUCACCUGCAACCACUGUGCCAAAGGUCUAGUGUUCUACAACAAAUGCAGCCUCUUGUCUCAUGCCAGAGGCCACAAGGACAAAGGGGUUGUCAUGCAGUGCUCACAUCUAAUCCUAAAACCCAUCCCUGCAGAUCAGAUGAUAACUACAUCCCCAUCAUCAGGCUCACCCAACAUCACUGGCACCAUCUCCACAUCACAAGCUCAAGCACCCACUGAUCAAAUCCCAGGGAGAGUUGCUGGUGGAGGGUCCCAAAGUACAGUGAUUUCAGCUCCAUGCAGUGCUCCUCUUGUGGCAGCCAUGCCCUUGGAGGAUGAUGCAUCCAAGCUCUGCAGGCAUAGUCUGAAGUGCUUGGAGUGUAAUAAAAUGUUCCAGGAUGACAGUUCGCUUGCUAUGCACUACCAACAGGCACCGGAGUCCAGUGGGCAGAAAACAUGCACCAUCUGCCAAAUGCUACUCCCAAAUCAGUGCAGCUUCCUGUCACACCAGCGAAUCCACCAGCACAAGUCUCCGUACAGCUGCCCCGAGUGUGGCGCCAGCUGCCGUUCGGUCCACUUCCAAUCACAUGUCACCAAGAACUGCCUGCAUUACACCCGUAGAGUCGGCUACCGCUGUAUCCACUGUAGUGGGAUCUUCGCUGAUCUUGCAUCUGUAAAAUCCCACAUCCAGAGUUCUCACUGUGAGGUAUUCUAUAAAUGUCCUCUCUGCCCCAUGGCCUUCAAGUCUGCUCCUGGAACGCACUCUCAUGCGAACACACAGCAUCCAGGAAUGAAGACAGGAGAGCCCAAGCUGAUCUAUAAGUGUUCCAUGUGUGAUACCGUGUUCACUUUGCAAUCCCUGCUCUACACGCACUUCGACCAGCACAUCGCCAAUCAUAAGGUUUCAGUGUUCAAAUGCCCCGACUGCUCCCUGCACUACGCGCAGAAACAGCUCAUGUUGGAGCAUAUCAAGGCCAUCCAUGGAACCCUGAAGACCAUCGAGGGUCCACCAAACUUGGGCAUCAACCUCCCUCUCACCACCAAGCCCACUAACUCUAAUAGUAGCAACAGCAAUAAUCCCAACAGUAAUAAUAAUAACAAAGAUGGAGGAAAUGUUACUGGACAAGACAAGGGAGUAAAGAAGCCUUCGCCUCUAAAGAAAGCAAACAGUAACUGCUCUGUGGACCUCAAGAACCCUCCGGGCUCAGGAUACACAUGUGCAGACUGCAGCAGCCUCUUCAGCUCCAGGGAGGUCUUUGUGGCUCACAUGAGGCGUGAACAUGGAAAGAUACUGAAGAAACAUCCAUGUCGGCAGUGCGACAAGUCGUUCAGCUCCUCCCACAGUCUCUGCCGACACAACCGUCUCAAACACAAGGGACUGCGGAAGCUCUACACCUGCCCGCACUGUCCAGCUCUCACUCAGCCGUUCACUAAAAGAGUACUGCUGGAUCAGCACAUCCAUCUGGUGCAUGGAGUCAAAGACUCCGAGGGGAAGACGGGCAACUCUGAUACUAAGGAGGCUUUACCGGACAAGAAAACGACCCUCAGCCCCAAAAGGAAGCCAGAAGAGGAUCAGGGGUCUCCAGGCUUGACCUCCAGGGGCUUCGGCUCACAGCCGCUGAAGAGGCUCAAGGUGAACAUCCUUAAAGUUCACAAGUGUGCCGUCUGCGGCUUCACCACUGAGGACAUCGCAGCUUUCCACGAGCACAUUCCCGGACACAAGUCAGACGGCUCGUCCUACCAGUGUCAGGAGUGCGGCCUGUGCUACACCUCCCACCGCUCGCUGGCCCGACACCUCUUUAUCGUCCAUCGGCUGAAGGAGCCGAAGGGUCUCGCACGAUACAACGAACGGGGCAGGGACGACGACGACGAGAGUCAGAGAGAGAACCAAUUGGACGUUACAGACGGGACACCAAAUACCAAAUGCAAAGUGUGCGGGAAGACGUUUGAGACGGAGGGAAACCUCAAUACUCACAUGAGGACACACGGGAUGGCGUUCAUAAAGUCCAAGAGACUGAGCGCGGCUGAGAAGUGACACUUUGAAACCAUUCCAGCUAAAGCAAACAGCUGUGUUAAACUUUACAGUUUGUUGUUGCAGACAUUAUGUAUAUACAUAAUGUACAUGCAGGGUACUACAAUAUACACACACAAAUAUGUAAUGUAUGUCACUUUAUGUUUCUUUAGCUAAAUUAAACAUGUUUUUUGUACACAUAGAUGUUUAUAGGCUUUGAAUAGAUCUUUUAUAGAAGAGCUUUUUUUUAUUUUAAAUCGUUUCCAUUGUUCUCACUAGUGCUAGAUAAGGUGCGUAAGUUAUUUUGUCGAACUGGGAUUAAUCCUCAUGCAGUCAGCAGUGCUCUGAACUCUCUAUGCUGCUAAUGUCAAACGAAUGUCUGUAGUAAGAAACUUACAUAUAUAUAAAACGUUUUGGAGCUUCAGGUUUCAACACAAUUCAACACACUCAAUUUCACUUGAGUAAAAGAUUGGCGUCAAAAAGUCUUUAUGUUUCAGUUUUUAUUUAAUUGCAUGUAUAAUUAUAUUCCUCUCUGAGCCCUCCUGGCUCUGGAUCUAUCCUGAAACUAUUGAUCUAAAACAAAAUGCCUUCACUUUGAGCUGAAGAUAUCAGACAAAGAUAAAAACCUUGUCAAAUAAGCACCAUUUAUAUAUCAAAUACAUACACAGCAAACAUUCAGAAAUGAGUUUAAAGCUGCCAGUUUUGUGGAUGAUUAUAUCAAACAUUAAACAUCACAAACAAAAGUAUUUUAAAGACAAAUAUAUAAUCGGCCACAUUUGAAUAAGCUUUUUUCAAGGAAAAGAUUGUAAAACUUUUUUAAACUUUUCAUUCCUGUCUUAUAUAUUCCUGUCCUAUAAUAUGGCAGCUCUUUGUGAUGACGAGUCACUGUUUAUUUACCUGAAUAUUUAAAAAGCAGCAGUCUUCUUGCCAUUAUAACUAAUGUCAAAACAAUUAUUUUCUGUCUUGUUCCUUUCAGUUUGUAGUUAAUAUGAAAUCAUAAUGAGAGUUCAUUGACAGGAAUAACACCGGGAACAAUAUCCAAACUGAACAGAAACACAUGAUUCUGUUUUGGACAGUAGUGUUUCUACUCUGACGAUAAGACUUUAACUGUCUGCCGCUGUGAAACUGCACGAGAGACGCAGUCUGUGAAUGAUCUGUUGCUGCUGCUGUUUUUAGACGUUUCUGACGCUUGUGUAAAAAGCUUUUCUUUAUGUCAAUAAAUGAUGACAAGAUCUGA